AAGAAGAAUACCUGCAAAAAAAAAAAAUAUAUACAUCUUCGUCUGCGGUAGAGCCAAGUAAUGUAACUUAGCUUCCUUUAGUUUGGAUGAAAGCCGAGCUCAGCUGCUGUUGGAGGAAAAUCUAAAGAGACGCUAACAACAGGGACAUGGACCAGCAGAGGGCAGCAGAGGGAGAGAUUCCUGAGGACGCGAUGAAAGAGGACAAAGAAAAUGAGCUGCGACACGUCAUGGAAGAUGGUUACUGCACCCAGGUUCUGCUGGACGAAUUAAAGACCACGGAUACGGUGGCAGAUGCCACAGCGUCCAUGACAGCUGUCACCGGAGCCCCCACUGAAUCAGUAGCGGCAGUAUAAGCCGUGUUAGCUGACACAAAAGCCAGAAGCUGCCACUACCAAGCUGUGGCAGUUUCCGGCAGCCCCUGCAGCUAAUGGUAGGUGUGACAGCUGACACCUGAAGUGCUGCUACAGCUGAUACUGCCCCCAUUGGAGCCGGCUGUCCCUCCAAUGAAUAUGUUAAGCAGAUGCUGAUGGUUAAAGAAGAAGCUCCUGAAAACCACAGAUCUGUUGCUGAGCUGCAUGACCCAAAGCCGCAGCAGAUAAAGGAGGAAGAGGAAGAAGUCUGCAUCAGUCGGGGGGCAGAGCAGCUCAACGGGAAGGAGGAGAUUGAUGUUACUCCUAUAAAGAGUGAGGAUGAAAUACAGUCCAUUCUGCUCUCACAGAAUCUUUAUGAAGAUAAAAUUAAAGACAGAGAUCUUCCAGAAGAGAAUGAUGAGGGAGAAUCCAUUAAGAUAGAAAAUCAUAAAGAUGGUUCCAUUUUCUCAAAGAUUGAAGUCAUUGUAAAGGAUGAAGAGGACGAUGAUGUACAAUUUCCUGUCUCUGAACUGAAUCAUUUGCCCGACUCUGGACUGAAAACGAAGGACGAGGAUAAUGACUGGACGGAGAGUAGAGCCACCGAGUCAGAUGGAAACAUCUUUUCUGAGUUUGCUGAACAAUUUCUUCACCAUCACUCUAUUCAGAAACACAUGACACAUUCAGAAAUAAGAUCUGCAGACUCUAUGGAUAACAACAAAUGUUUUACAGAGAACAAAAAUGUGGACUCAGAAAGGAAAGUCCAGGCAGGAGAGACGUUUAGCUGUGAAGAUUGUGGUAAAACCUUUAUUAGAAAAUACAAUUUUAACAGACAUAAGCGAAUCCACACAGAGCAGAAAUCUUUCUGUUGUGAGCUUUGUGAAGAAAGAUUUAACCGUAAAUCAAGUUUAAAUUUACACAUGAGAAUUCACACAGAAUACAAACCUUUCUGUUGUGAUCUUUGUGGACAAGGAUUGAGGCACAAGCGCAGUUUAAAUGCACACAUGAGAAUCCACACAAAGCAGAAACCUUUCAGUUGUGAUCUUUGUGAACAAAGAUUUAACCGUAAAUCAAGUUUAAACACACACAUGAGAAUCCACACAGGACACAAACCCUUCUGUUGUGAUCUUUGUGGACAAAGCUUUCGCCAUAAAUCAAAUUUAAGUACACACGUGAGAAGCCACACAAGACAGCAACCUUUCUGUUGUGAUAUUUGUGGACAAAGACUUCGCUAUAAAUCAAGUCUAAGCAUACACAUGAGUAUUCACGCUGGACAGAGACCCUUCUGUUGUGAUCUUUGUGGACAAAGAUUCGUCAAUACGUCACAUUUAAACUCGCACAAGAGAAUCCACACAGGACUGAAACCUUUCUGUUGUGAUAUAUGUGGAAAAGGAUUUGCCCACAAACCACAUUUAAGUGCACACACGAGAAUCCAUACAGGACAGAAACCUUUCUGUUGUGAUUUAUGUGGUAGGAAGUUUAGUGAAAAAGGAAAGUUAAAGAGACACAUGAGAAUCCACACCUAAGGCAAAUAGUUCAGCUAGGAAUACUAAAACCGCACCACUGCUGUUGGCUGUGAAAUAUGUGUCAUUAAAGACAACUGUCUUCACUUGGUUUCAGUAUGUUUGUAGCGGUUAAUUUAAAUAACAUUAAAUUAAUAGCUUGUGCUAUUCCCUGUUUUUCCAUCUACAGUCCAAAUUGAGCUGUGUAUUUUCAUUGCAUGUAAAUAGUUUUGUUUAAGAGAAUCGGAUCACCUUUCUGUCAUUAAGGUUCAUGUGACCUUGAGUCAAGAGAUUAUCUGCUAAUCCUUGAACUAAAGCAGUGGUGCCUAAAGUCGGUCCUCGAGGGUCGGCAUCCUGCAUGUUUUGGUUUUCUUCCUGGUGGUACCAACAACCUUUUCAGCAUAUCAGUGUUCUUCUUAGGCCUUCUAACGAGCCACCAUUGGAUCCAAGUGCGUUAGACCAGGGAAAGAACUAAAACAUGCAGGAUGCCGGCCCUCGAGGACCGAGUUUGGGCACCCCUGAACUAAAGCGAAUCACCAGCAAGACGAUGAUCCCAAACACAGCAGGAAAUCCCGAAAGAUCAUCCAAAGGGAAUUAAGGUACAGCAACGGCCUAGUUAAAACCCACACCAAACCUUGGCUUUCUGAAUAAGAAAGCCGUUUCUAGUUACUGUUAUAUCCUGAGUUCAGCUUGAUUGUGAUGCAUUUAGUUUUGAUAUGUCUAUGAACCAAGUCUGUACGUUGUGUUGAUUUGAUUAAAUGUGUGGAUAGAA